AUGGAGGGAGUCGGUGAAAUCGUAAGUGGCCAUGCAGAUGAAGCUGUAAAAGCAUCACAGCCAUCGCCGAAAGAAAUUGGACGUGAAUUCGUUCGGCAGUACUACACGAUGCUGUCAGAAAGACCGUGCGAUGUUUUCCGUUUUUAUAGUCAUGAGUCAUAUUUUAUUCAUGAUACGGAACAACCUGUUCAAGGACAAGAGAAAAUACAAAAAGCAAUUGAACGAUUGGCUUUUGUUGAUUGCAAAGCUCGAAUUUAUACUGUGAGUGGCACUGCUACAUUAAACAAUGGUUUGGUUAUACAGGUCUGUGGUGAACUUUCAAUUGGAAAUAACCCGGGAAGGCGCUUUCUGCAAACAUUUAUCCUGUGUCCUCAGACUCCUAAGAAAUACUAUGUACACAACAAUGUGUUCCAGUGGCUUGAUCGAGCUUUUGGUGACAGUUGCACUCAGUCAGAGAAACAGGACGUUGAAACCCAGAUGGCAUCCGAGGCAAAAACGUUGACAAAUGGUGAAACUAGUAUCGUAGAUGGGCUCAUUGAUGUUGAACCUACAUUCGAAAACAUCAUUGAGACUGUUGAGCAGUCAUCAAACAAUUCAGAAAAAGAACAAAAUGUCGAGCUGACUUCAGAGUCCACCGAAAGCGUUACUCAUGCUGUUGAUCAUCAGUAUAACAACAUAACUAGUAGUAAGUCUAACGACAGUGUGGCAGAAGAAACACAGACUCAGAAUUUUAACCCAGCUGCAAUUGAUUCAACCCCUAAGACAUGGGCUAAAUUAGUUGGAAGUAGUCAAACAUCUACAACCGCCGCUGCUACUCAUGUGCAUAAUAUGAACCAAGUGCCAUCUCAAGUGCGUUUACAUGUGGUUCCAAGGGACAAUGAAAUAUCUGUUCAGAGUAACUCAGUUAUUCACAGAGAUGAUAACGAUGAUUAUGUUCGACUUCACGUUGGUGGUAUAUCACGUAAUAUGAUUCCAGAAAAUACAUUAGUAGUUGAAGCAGAUAUUCGCUUCGAAUUUGAGAAAUAUGGACCUGUUGCCGCAGUAAAUGUUCCUCGUCGCGCUCUAGAUGCUGAUCUCCAGCGGACCAUUUUUGCUUUCGUGAUCAUGAAAAAUGCAGAAGGAGCGAAAAACGCUUUCAGUGCUGCCAGAAAGGAACGGUCUCUUUUUUUCAUACAUCUGAAAAUCGAUUCUAUUGGAUUUGAUGGAGAAGCUGUUCUCUCAGAACAGAGAAGUGGGCAAGUGAACUCCCGCACUCCGUUCAUCCAUAGAGGUACGUCACGUAAUGGAUUUGGUUUGCGAAAUGGUUCAGGUGGUGGACGUGGUGGUGGAGGAAAUCGUGGAUUACGACAUGUUGGUAAUGAGUAUCGGUAA